UAUAAAUAGCAAACAUUAAGUCAAAUAAAUACACAUGAAAUUAAUCGAAAUUAUAUAUGUACAUAAGAAAAUUAAAAGAUAAAAAAAAAAAAUUAUAUUUAUCAAAGUUAUGAAGAUAUUGCUUUAAAAUAAUUAAGUUAAUUACCAUGACAAAAUUAAUUGUUAAAAAAAAUUAAUAAAUUAUAUAUAUUUAUUAAAUAACAAAAAUAAUCUGUGAUUGACAGUUUGCAUUUGUAUCCUUGACCAGUGUAAUAAUAUUGUCAUUCAACAAUAUAAUUAAAAUAAAAAAAAACAAUAAUAGUAACUAAGUAACUAUUAAUUAUUAUUGUAAAAACAUUAAUAUUGUGUAUUUUAAAAGUGUAAAUUAUCCUGUUUUAUUAAACAAUAAUUAAUUUGUUGUAUAAAACAAAAAAAAUAAAUAAAUAAAUAAAAAUCAACAAUUAAAAAUAUUUUUUUGUGUAAUCAAAUAAGUGAAUAUGGAGAUUGAUGAAUGUUCAGCUGGAGGUGAAUCAUUAAGUGAAGAUGAAGCUGAUGAUGAUUUAAUGAAUGGAUCAAAAACAAAUAGUAGUAGUUCAAGUUCAAGUGGUAGUUGUUCAUCAUCAGAUUGUCUUGAUGAUAGUGGUGAUGAGCAUGAUACUAAUGAUGAUUCAGAAACACAUAGUUCUGAUAAUAUUGAUGAUGAUGAAGAUGAUGAGGAUGAUGAGGAUGAUGAUAAUCAAUCAGAUCAAAAUGUACCUGAUGAAUCUAUUGAUAAAGUUAGAUGGGAAACAUGUGUUGCUGCUGGUGUAAAAAUAAAAUUACCUCAAGAUUUUUGUGAGCAUGAAUCAGUAUUUAAUGAAUUACUUGAUUUUACAAAAAUAUGGGAUAAUACAUUGACUAUUGAACAAAAAGAAUCACUAAUGAAAUAUUUACCAAAAUUACCAGAUGAUAAUAAUACUAUUGAGGAGCAUGAAAAAUCAUUAAAAAUGUUAUUUGAAAAAAAAAAUGAAAGAUUUGGUGUAUCAUCAUUGGAUGUAUUUAAAAAUCAUUUAUCAGCUGGUCAUUAUCGUCCAGAUAUAAGACGUAUGCGUAGAUUAGUACGUAAAGCACAACAAAGACGUUUAAUAUUUGAAAAUCGUAAACGUACAUAUGAACUUGCUGAUCAAUUAUUUAAAUCACGUGAUAAUUUAUUAACAAAUGCAUAUAAACAAGGUUUUAAUCAACCAAUAGCAUAUCGUACAAUGUCAAAAUUACACUGGAGAAAACCACAUCCAGCUGUUGUUGAAGAAAAAACACAAAUACGUUAUAUAGAUGAAUUAAAUUCAUUACAUUCGGAACUUGGUUUAUCACGUCUUGCUGAUACAACAUCUGAAAAUGAUGAAAAUUAUCCAGAUUAUCAAAGUUCAAUUAUAAAACCAAAGAAAAAACGUAAAAUACAAAUUGGUAAUCAAUCAUUUUGUCAACGUAUUAAUAAUAAUAAUAAUUUUAAUAAUAAUAUUAAUAAUGAUGAUGAUAUAAGACCUGUAUAUUCAACACUUCAACGUAUGGAUUAUCGUACUAAUACAAAUUUUAUGAUACGUGAAAUAACAGAUGAACGUUAUAAAACAAUGCUUAUAACACACAGAAGAAGAAGAUUACGACGUGAUAUACAUCCAGAAUUAAAUACAGAAGGUAUUGCAUUAUCUGAUUUAAGUCAACGUGCACAAGUUGGACAAAAACAAAAAAUAAGUGGUAAUAAUAAUCGUAUUAAUACAGCUAAAAAACGUAUUAAAAUUGAACCAUGUCUUCCAUCAACAACACAAAAAUUAUCAACAACACCAAUUAAAAUUGAAGCUAAUAAUGAACAUAUACAAAAUUCACAAGAUAUUUUAACAUCAUCAAUAUUUUCAGCAAAUAAAAUUUCACCACCAGUAAAUUCAUUAAUGUCAAUUAAAUCAGAACCAAUUGAUAAUUUUGAAUUUCCACAAACACCGAAGAAAAAAUUAUUCAAUCAAACAACACAAAAAAUCAUAAAAACAUGUGAAAUAAAACAAGAAAAUGAAGAAUUUAUUGAUACUAAUAAUAAAUUAGAUUAUUCACAGUCAUUUAUUGAUGAGAAUCAUCAUCAUUAUCAUCAACAAAUUAUUGAUAGUGAAAUAGAUAUAAAAGAAGAAUUAGGAAUUCAUAAAAAAGAACUUGAUUUAGAAAAUAUUGAUAUGAUGCAAAUACCAAUUCAACUUGAUGAUGGUAUUGAUAUAUUAGACAGUGUUAAUUGUGAAAAUGAACAAAUGUUAUUAAUUCCAAAAAAAGAAGAAUUAUUUUCACAUGAUUCAAAUGAUAUUACGGCAAAUGUUAAUUUUGAUUUAAUGCAAGAAACACAUACAUGUUUUUUUUCACUUUUACGUGAUGCAUUUAUGUCAAGAAGAGAAUAUAGAAUGUCAAUUGCUGAAGUUAAAGCAGCAGUAACACUUUGGCAAGGUAAUCCAAUAUCACCAUUAAAUGAUUGGUAUUCAUUUGCAUCAUCAUGGACAAAUUUAGUUCCUAUAGCACUUGGUUAUCUUGCUGGUGAAUUAAUUAAUUCACAAAAAAUUGAUUUACAACAACAAGAUAUAGAUCAAGAACUUGUACCAUAUCUUGAAAAUAAGGGUAAAGGAAUUUAUGCAUGGAUUGGAGCUGGAAGAGAUACUGAUGCACAUUUGACAGUAAUAUGUAAUCGUUUCUUAUUGAAUAAAGAUUCUUUAGGUCCACCAGUGAUUAAUCAAGUUAUAAAUACAGUACCUGUUACAGUACCAAUGUCAAUGCCAGUUACACCAUUAAAAACAAUUUCAGUUUCACAAAUUUCAUUAACAAAUAAUGCUAAUGGAAGUAUAACAAGUGUUCCAAUAAGAUGUGCAAGUCCAAUUGUUGAAACAGUAUCAAAUGAUGUUGGUGCUUUCGCCACAGUUAUUGAAUGUGAACCACCAAAAGCUCUAUGGCCAACUGAGUGGAAAGUACGUUUAUCAACAUUAGAAGAAAAAGAAGAAUUUCGAAGACAAGAAAGACUACGUUAUGCAGCUCCUCAUAAAGCAUUUACAUAUAGAAUGCAUAAUUAUGCCUCUGUGGUUGGUCCUGUUAAAGGUAUUUAUCAGCAUAAUGUAAGUUCUGGCUCAACAAAACCACGUGGUCACUCACUUUUAGUACCUGAAAGACCAAAUUUUGUGACAAUACUUGCAUUAGUUCGUGAUGCAACAGCAAGAUUACCAAAUGGUGAAGGUACACGUGCAGAUAUUUGUAUGCUUUUAAAAGAUUCACAGUAUAUUAAAGAUCAUGCUGAUCAAGUUGGUAAUGACAAAGAUAAUUAUCUUAAUUCAGUUGUAUCUGGUGCACUUGAUAGACUUCAUUAUGAGGCAGAUCCUUGUGUAAGAUUUUAUCCAAAAAGAAAAGAGUGGCUGUAUUUGCAUCGUGCAAGAUCAGAAUCUGAAUUUGAAAUGUUUCAUCAACAGCUUCAAGGUGUUGCUAAAAAUAAGAAAAAUGUUGGUGGAUCAUCGAGAAAUAAAUCACAUCAAUCAAGUCCAAAAGUUGCUAAUGGUCGAGAACCAUCACCAAGUGGAAUAAUAAAAGAAGGAACUAUUAAAAAAGAAAGAAAAACAGUUCAAAUACAGCCACAGUCUGUUGUUAAAAAAGAAAUACAAAUAUGUAAGUUACCAGAUGAUAAAUCACAUGUCAAUCAAAUUAUUGGAAAAGAAAUAUCAGUUCCAAUGACAGCAAUACCAAGUUCACCAAUAACAACACCAGUUGCAAUAACACACACGACAUCACAUCCAGUUUUAACUUCAUCAGCACCAAUUGAAAAAGAAAAAUUCAUACCAAUUGAGACUAAAAUUCAAUUGCAACCACAACCACAACCACAACAGCAACAGCAACAGCAGCAGCAACAACAACAACAACAACAACAGCAGCAGCAACAACUUCAACAGCAGCAACAACAACUGCAACAGCAACAACAACAACAACAACAACAACAACAACAACAACAACAACAACAACAGCAACAGCAACAACAACAACUUCAGCAGCAACUGCAACAACAGCAACAACAGCUACAACCACCAACAGUUGUUACAACGACACCAUUAAAAAAAAUUGGAAUGAACUUUACAAAUAAACCUCUUACAGUCGUCAAAACAAAUGCAUCACAAAGUCUAUUACAAUCAAAUCAACAUUUUCCACAUCAUCAAAUACAAGUAUCAACAUCAGCCGGUUUACAGACAAUAAGAUUAUCAGGCCAUUCAGUUUUACACUCAGCACAACCAGUAUCAACAUCAACAACUACUGGUAAUUCAUCAGCAAGAGUUGCAACUAUAUUUCAAAAUGCCAAAUUACCUGGUACAAUUGUUGCACAUCAAGCUGGUAAAAGUAUUCUUCAAACAUCAAAUAUUAAACUACAGAAUUUAACAGCAACAACAGUAGCAGCAACAACAACUACAACAACAGCAACAACGACAACAACAUCAUCAACAGCAACGACAACAAUUGCAACAACAGCAACAACAACGUCAACGAUAAAUACCACAGCAGCAGCAACAACAACAACAACAACAGCACAAUCACAAUCACAAACACAAACAACACAGUCACAUGUUUUACCAGGAAAAACAUUGCUUGCACCACAAAUGAAAUUUGUUUCACCUGGACAAAUUAAAUCCUUAUUAACAGGUCAUGGCUUACAAGGACAAACAAUUUUUAUAAAACAAUCAUCACCAUCAAUUGGUCAAGCACAAAAUACACAACAAUUAAAAACACAACAAUUACAAGGACAAUCACAACAACAAACAACACAACAAGGACAAACAAUUCAGACACCUGGAAUGCAAAAAAUUAUUGCACAAAUUGGUGGUAAACCAAUAUCUGUACAAAUUCAAAGUCCAUAUCAUCAACAACAACAACAGAAAAUAUUAGCAAAAGUUUUAACAGGUACUGGUGGACAAAUAAUUUCUAUGGAAAGUUUAUUAGCACAAAAAGGUUUUAAACUUGCAACAACAACAGGUGGAGUUGCACAACUUAAUCGACAAGGAAAACAAAUUAUUCAAACACAGUAUCAGGUGGUUACUCAAGGACAAGCUGCAGGUCAGACAAAAUUAAUAUCAAAUAAUUCACAACAAUCUGGUUCUGGUGGACAAACAGUUAGAAUGAUUACAGCUCAAUUAGCUGGUAAACCACUUGUAUUAUCAAGUAAUAAAAGUGUUGGUGUUGGUAUUAAUCAAAGUGGUGGAAUGGUACUUGCAAAACAACCAUCUGGUCAACAAGGUCAAGGUGGACAGCAACCAAUUAUUUUGCCAAGUCAAUUGCUCAAUCUUAAAACACUACAUGGUCUUAAAGUUAUUCCAACAACAGCUGGAUUAAAAACUGGUGCUACUGUUUAUGCUAGAGUUAUUGCACCAACAUCAUUAUCAACAACACAAACAACAAAUGUACAACAUGUACAACAAGUACAACAAGUACAAGUGCAACAGCAACAACAACAAGUACAACAGCAACAACAACAACAACAACAACAACAACAAUCUCAUCAAACAUCAUCACGAAAUACAACAUUCAAUGCUCCAUGAAUAUUUUUUUAUAUUUAUUUUUUCACAAAAAAAUAUUAUAAAAUUAAUAUUAAAAAUUUCCUUAUUAUUUAUCAACAACAAUUAAACAAAAAUAGUGAAAAAAUAAAGUUAAUUUUUUUUUCCUUUUUAUUAUAUAUAAUAUAUAUUUUUUUUUUUUUUUUUUUUUAAAUAAUGAUUGAUGAUAAUUUAAUAACAAACGUAUGAAUGCGCUUUGGAUAUACAAAAUACAUGUCUCAUUAUCAGAGACAAAUUAAGAAAAUGUUUAUUUCAAAAUAUAUAAAUAAAAUCUUAUAUCUAAGUAGUUAAUUAAAUUAAUAAAAAUUAGAAGAAAAUAUUAAUAAUGUAAUAAUAAUAAUUAAAAAAAAAACUGUACAUGUGAAUUUUAAAUCUUUUUUUUUUUUCAUUUUAGUUUGGAAAAAUAGCUACACAAUAAGAUUUAUAUAUAUAAAAAAAAAAAAGUAUAUUGGUUUCGAAAUAUUAAGUUACAGUCUUUAUUGAGGAUUUAUUUAAUUUUUUUUUUUCUCUUUUUGCAUACCUCAUAAGUCUGGCAACGUUAUUAUUAGCUGCCAUGUCUUUGGUCUCAUUUAUUUAUGUAAAUAUUUAUUAGAAAAAAAAGUGGUAAAAAUAUGUUACAAUUUUUUUUUUUUUCUUGAAUACCUAUUUAUCAGGAUUUUAAUUAUUAUCUAUUAAUCGAACUACUGAGUUUACGCACCUGGUUAACUUAAUUUUCAAUCAACACAAAAAGUCGAUUAUCGUUAUUAUUUUCUCAUUUUUUUUUUUGUUUUAAUAAUUAUUAUAUAAUAAAUAGCUUAAAAUCUAUCGAACUAAUGAGUU